AUGAUGGAGGGAAAUCGUCGAUUGGAAAAUGAUGCAGAAGAGAAUAUUGUUGCGCCCGGUUUUCGAUUUCAUCCAACUGAUGAAGAGCUGUUGGGAUUUUAUCUGCUGAGGAAGGUGCAGGGAAAAUCCAUCUGCUUAGAGCUCAUCAAGCAGGUCGAAAUCUACAAAUAUGAUCCAUGGGAUCUCCCAAAAAUGGGAUGUUGCACCGGAGAAAAGGAAUGGUAUUUUUUCUGCAUGAGAGGGAGAAAAUACCGAAACAGCGCAAGGCCGAACAGAGUAACCCUCACAGGGAAUGGGUUUUGGAAGGCAACCGGCAUUGACAAGCCUAUUUACUCAUCAAAAACCGGCGAGAAGAACAAAUGCAUCGGCCUCAAGAAAUCGCUGGUAUAUUACAUAGGAAAUGCCGGCAAAGGAACAAAAACAGAAUGGAUGAUGCACGAGUAUAGAUUCCCGCCGAGUGAUGGUUCGGGUUCUGAAAGCAGUAUCAGCAGUCAAGAAGCAGAAAUUUGGACACUCUGCAGAAUUUUCAAAAGGGAUUCACCAUGCAAGAAGUCUACACCACCAGUCAGCAGAAACACUACAAACUCAAGUACACCCACCUUGCAAGAAAUAGCAUGCCAAUUUUUCGAUAAUAUCCCAGACGAGAUAUGGACCGUUGGAUCUCCAACUGCAUCACCAGGCCUGGAUCUUUGGGCCAGAAACGAUAAUGAAACAACUAGAAAUGGAAACUGGGAUGAGCUUGGACCAGUUGUUAGAUUUCAUGGAGUGUAA